UUGCCUUUACUGCCUCAGAUGCCAGUGAUGGUUUGUGACAAUUUCGAUGUGUCAGGGGGUAUUGUGAAUGGCAGUGAAGGAAUACUCAGAUCAGUGCGUUACACCACAGAUGAUCAUGGCACAUGGUGUGCCACCAGCUGUGUGGUCAGAAUUGAAGAUUCCAGUGAACAUUCUUUUACAGAGCUGCUCCCUCAUGAAUGUGUGAUUUUGCUGAAAACGCUAUCCUUCAAAGUUUCACACCCAUUC